CAAACAGUUCUCCGCGUGUCGCCGUCCCGGUGUGUCGCGAUUGUCCCGCGCACGAGAGUCGACGGCGCCGUACCACGUUCGGUGGUAUAAUUUUUUCCAAAUAUUAUAUACUUUCGUUACCGUGGUUAGUUCAUGGAAAUAAAUGUAUAAAAAAAAAAAAAACCGAUCGUUUCAAUAGUUACAAUAUAGGUAUCUCUAACGCUGCACACAGAUCGAAGUACUAUUAUAAUUAUUAUUAUUUCGUAGAAAUUUAUUAUAAUACGAACCGUGUGUAAAAAGGGAGUCACAGGCAUCGGUUCGGUUCGUGUUUUAUCGGGGAAAAAAAUAUAAUAAAAUAAAAAUGGACCGCUGUGAUGCAAAACCUGACGGAGACGGACACUAGAUUGUUGAACUAAAAAAUAGUAACAAAACAAAGGAUAACAACAUACACAGAUGGGGUUCUUCACUAUUGUCUUACUAUAUUGCUUGUCAAGUGCAACAGGUCACUUGAAUGUGUUUAUCAGUCAAAAAGAAGUCAAAAGGAUUAUGGGUCUAUCAUCUGAGCUCUACUAUGUUCGUGAUGGGGUUGUGAAUACAUACGCGAUGAAUUUUGAAGUACCAGUUCCUGCGAAUAUUGGUGAACUUGAGUUUUGCUGGCAAUCACUGACUCGACAUUCGUUACCGUACACGUGGAACGUGGAGUCCAAUAAUGGCAUAGCUUUGAAGAAACCAGAACUGGACAUCCCGGAGUCGGGAUGGGUACCGUCUCACGUCCAGGUGUUCCGGCUCAAGUUGCCGUGCACGGGUGUAGUGAGCUCCGAGGUACACGUUCUGCUCACUAUCAACAUAACUGCCGUUAAUCCGAAACACGGCGAUAUAUCAUUGGUGUUUCACCGGAACAAGAUAUGUCUGAAGACCACCGACAUGCUCUUAGACUCGCUCAUCGGUAAAGAUGGUUCGUUGGAGACCAACCUGAUUAACGAAUUGCCUCCAAGCCAACAGCAACAGCCUGCAAAGUCUCCAGCCCAACCACCACUGCUGUCGACACGACCACAACCCGACAACGAAAAAUCAUUGAUAAUGCAACCUUCGUAUAGUGGAACAGCCGGAACUGUGCAGGUUGCAACUGCUGUGGCGACUACUGGCAGUGGAAAUACCGCAUUAACUUCGCCCAAACAAGGUGACGAAACGCCUGAAGAGUUGGUACCCACGCACGGUGCGUUCUUCUUUGCACUCGGUUGUGGGUUUGCGCUUAUAGUCACUCUGGUGGCCGUUACGUUCGCUCUGGCUUACAAGCGCACCAACAAAUCGUUGCUCAUCAGGUCUAAAUCCAAAGAGUCAUUGCACACCAGUUAUACGAGUGCCGCAUACGUGGCCAACCCCAAUGUUUUGGUGCGCGUCGGCUCGGUGACCAGCACCAGUGGUACUUACGCGACCAUCAGAAGCUUGCGGAAAACAGCUGCAUCAAUGGCAGAAGACGAUCUCCCGAACCACUGUGUAAUCGGUGGAGUUGCCGGAAACAAAGUGAGUAGUCACGUGUCGCCAUACGCCACCAGCUACGUGGCGACGGCAGCCGGAAGUAAUAAUUAUCACGUCUACUCGAAACCAGCGUCGCCCACGGCAUCCAAAAUAUCAUAUUACGCCUGCACGCCACUGAUGGCCGUUAAUGAUCGGAGAGUGUGUGAUGACUUGGACGAGCGUAUACGCCAGCUGGACUCGCGUGGCGCCAAGGUCAAGUUGGAAAGACUUCUCCAGGAGGGCGCUUUCGGUAGAGUAUAUCAAGGCACGUAUAAAAACAACAACGCUGGAUCGCAGGAAGUGCUCGUCAAAACCGUUACAACUGAUGCUGCAUCUCAACAAAAUAAAAUGUUUUUGACUGAAAGUUUGAUGUUGCAUGGUUUACCGGGUCAUGUAAACAUAUUACAACCAAUGGCUGUGUGUCAGUACUCAAAUAAACCAACUGCAAUAUUAUAUCCGUUCAGUAACAAAGGAAAUCUUAAAAAGUUUCUAUGCGAUUGCAAAAAGAAAAAUAACGACUACUACAACUUAACCACAAAAGACAUUGUUAACAUGGCUGUACAACUCUGCUUAGGCAGUGUAUUCCUUCACAGCCAAGGUAUCUGCCACAAGGACAUAGCUACCAGGAACUGUGUCGUGGACGAAAAGCUGCGAGUCAAAUUAGCCGAUAGCGGAUUGUCUAGAGACCUAUUUCCUGAUGAUUAUUCAUGUCUGAACGACAACGAAAACCGACCCAUCAAGUGGAUGGCCCUUGAAAGUAUCACUUUACGCACCUACAACGGUGCCUCAGAUAUAUGGUCGUUUGGUGUUUUGCUUUGGGAACUUGUGUGCUUAGGUGCUCAGCCCUAUUCGGAAAUUGAUCCGUACGAUCUGAGUCUUUACCUACAAGAAGGAUACAGGCUAUCGCAACCAAUCAACUGCCCGGACGACCUGUUUGGGAUGAUGACAUUCUGUUGGCUACCUAGCCCGGAAGAACGACCAUCAUCCGCUCAAGUAUUGGCGUGUUUACAGGACUUCCAAAAAACUCUAAACCAGUUUAUCUAAAAUGGAUUUUUCCUUAUUUUACUAUUUAUUAUUUUUUAUAUUUUGUUAAAUAUGUUGAUGUACAUUAAAUUACUUACGAUAUACGAUUAGAGGUGCUAUGUAUGUAAGCGUUGAACAUUAUUUUGAAGAAAACUUUUUUUUAACGGACAACGACAAAAAUUAAUGGGAAAUCACAGAAUGUUGGAAUAUGGUGAGAAAUGAAACUGCCAUUUAUUACAUAUUUAAGUAAAACAAUUCAAUUAUUUAAACUUUAAACAUAUUAAUACGUAAAUAUUAUAUACCUUUAUGUGUACAUUUUUUUAAUUGCAUG